GCCAGGAGAUGUCCAAAUGUUUAGCCAAUCAGAAUUGCGAACCAUUGAGCAGUCGUUGCUUGCUACACGUGUGGGAAGCAUUGCAGAACUUAGUGACCUGGUGUCUCGGGCAAUGCACCACCUGCAGCCACUCAGUGCAAAGCAACAUAGCAAUACCACGCCCAUGCAUCACCGGCAGGGGUCACUCUACUGGGAACCGGAGGCCUUGUACACCCUCUGUUAUUUCAUGCACUGCCCGCAGAUGGAAUGGGAGAACCCCAACGUGGAGCCUUCCAAAGUCACGCUACAGACAGAAAGGCCGUUUAUAGUGCUGCCCCCUCUGAUGGAAUGGAUACGAGUCGCUCUCGCUCACGCAGGGCACCGUCGCAGUUUCUCGGUGGAUAGUGAUGAUGUACGACAAGCAGCCCGGCUGUUGCUUCCAGGAGUUGACUGUGAACCUCGGCAGUUAAAAAUUGAUGACUGCUUCUGUGCUUCUCGGAAACUGGACGCAGUAGCCACAGAAGCAAAAUUCAAGCAAGACCUAGGGUUCCGCAUGUUGACCUGUGGCCGAACAGAUCUGGUCAAGCAGGCCAUAUCUUUGCUGGGUCCGGAUGGAAUUAACAGCAUGAGUGAACAGGGUAUGACUCCAUUGAUGUAUGCUUGUGUGCGGGGUGAUGAGGCCAUGGUUCAGAUGCUGCUGGAUGCUGGAGCAGAUCUAAAUGCUGAGGUUGUCAAUACUCCUCAUAAAUACCCAUCCGUCCACCCUGAGACCCGUCAUUGGACCGCCCUGACAUUUGCUGUGUUGCAUGGACAUAUUCCUGUAGUCCAGCUGCUACUGGAUGCAGGAGCCAAAGUGGAAGGUUCUUUGGAACAUGGUGAAGAAAACUAUUCAGAAACUCCCUUGCAACUGGCAGCAGCUGCUGGAAAUUUUGAACUGGUUAGUCUGCUUUUGGAGCGAGGUGCUGAUCCUAUGGUUGGAACAAUGUACAGGAAUGGAAUUUCCAUGACUCCACAAGGUGAUAUGAACUCCUUUAGCCAGGCUGCUGCACAUGGACACAGGAAUGUGUUUCGUAAGCUACUUGCUCAACCAGAAAAGGAGAAGAGCGAUAUCUUGUCCCUGGAGGAGAUAUUGGCUGAAGGAACUGACUUGGCAGACAGCACUCCUGCUCCUUUAUGUGCAAACCGCAACAGCAAGGCCAGACUGAAAGCUCUGAAAGAGGCAAUGUAUCACAGUGCUGAACAUGGAUAUGUAGAUGUAACCAUUGACAUCAGGAGUAUAGGUUAG